GGAAGUUGCAGUUAACUAACACAGUUCAGAGAAGAGAGGUACGCGCUUCCAAUAAUGGACGAGCGAACAUUCCGCUGGGAUUAAAUCUGUUAGAGACGAGGAAUGCCCUGAAACCGAGGGUGGUCCUGUGAAACUGAAUUACAGAAAAUAAUCUCUGUUUACUACACGGUGCCCUUGCAUGUGAUCCAGUUUUUUCCAUGAAUAUAAAGUUGCUGCUGCUGCAUAAGGAAAGUUAAUACACUCGUUUGGGGGAAUUGUUGGAAGGAGAUGGUGCAUUUUUUGGAAAGCGUUAAGAAGAGUACUAUUAGAAAUACACAUAAGAGGAAAUGUCAUUGGGAUUUAUAAAGGACGCACGGGACAUGACUAUACAUGGGAACUGAACAUCACCUUUAAUACAUGUUAAUUGCACGUUUUGAAAUUGUAAUUUGUUAAAAACAAAUUAAUCUGGAAUGAGCUUCAUUGAUUCUUUCAUUGGGGUUUGCGUGAAGUUUCUGGAGUAAUCGUAUGAUUGGGUGUGCUAAUUAAUGGAACCCCAUGUGCUUUGUGGAUUGCUCUACUGGCUCCUACUGCCGCUCUGUCUGCUAGCGGCCUGCCUGUUCCGGUAUAAUGCCCUGUCAUUAGUUUAUCUUCUUUACCUGCUCCUGUUGCCAUGGUUUCCAGGACCCAGUGAACGCACCAUACGAGGUCACACAGGCCGGUUCAUCAAGGCCCUGUUUGGCACCAGCAUCUUUUUCCUGUUAGGUCAUGUGGUUUUUCAGAUCUGCUUGCACACCGUCCCGGGACUGGACGAUAUCCUGGGACAUAACUGCAGCAUGUGGGUGACUCUUUCGAGGCACGUUGGGGUUACCAGACUGCCGCUAGAUGACCUCUCGAAUGCGUCUCGCCUGCUGGCUCCGGACGUGGGGAUCUCCGUGGUGUCUCUGGUCACUCUGUGUUUAUCUGUGCGGCUGCUGAAAAGAAGGGGGGUCACACCUGGAGAGACUGUGGAGACAGAGCCCCUGAAACAGGGGGAGCCUGCAGAAGGAGUCGGAGAGGAGGAGUCUGAGGAGGACGAGGAGGAGGAUGGUGAGGCAGCUAAUUAUGAGGAGGAGGAGGAGAGGGAGAGGAGGAAUGUGGAGGAAGACUCUCUGGAGGGGGAGCAGCCGUUGGCAAACCGUGCCGCCCUGCUGGCUGCUCAGCUCCGCGUCACUGCCCUCAAAUUUCUCAAGAAUGUUGGCAAGAUCCUGGCUAUUGCACUGCUGGGCUUGGCAGGGAUCACCCUCCCAUCCGCCUUCUCCGGUGUCUACUUCCUGCUGUUCUUAGGGGUGUGUACAUGGUGGGCCUGUCACUUCCCUAUCAGCCCCCUGGGUUUCAACACACUGUGUGUGAUGGUGGGCUUCUUCACGGCGGGACACCUGGUCUGUCUGUACAUCUACCAGGUUCCCUUCUUCCAGGACCUCUUCCCACCAGCUAGUAUAUGGGCCAGGGUUCUUGGUUUCAAGGAAAUCAUAACACCGUCAAACUGCGCAGCGCCUCAUGAUCUCAUCUUGAACGUGGGUCAUGAUUGGCCGGUUUACGUUAACCCAGGGAUUCUGCUCCUCCUCUACUUCACGAUGGCUUCUGUUCUGAAAAUGGGAAGCCUGGCUUCCAGCAAGAAGAAGGAAGUGGAGGACGCUCGUUCCUCCAGUCAGGCACAGCACAGCGCAGUGGAGGUGGAGCUGACACCUCGGCUGUCACAGAGACAGAGCGCCGAGGACGAUACCAAGCAAAUGUUGCUGCCUGCUAAUGCAAUGCCUAGAUCUGAUGCGGAGAGUGUCACAGUACAUGUGAUGAGUGGCUCAAGUCAAGCUGAACUAGGUGCCCCUGGUGGAGAGAAUGGGGACAGUCCUCUGCACAUGAUUGGCUGCAUGAUCCUGCAGCAGAGCUACAUCUGUGCUCUCAUUGCCAUGAUGGUGUGGAGUAUCACUUAUCACAGCUGGCUGACAUUCGUCCUCCUGCUGUGGGCCUGUCUGAUCUGGAUUGUGCGCUCCCGGCAUCGCUUUGCAAUGAUCUGCUCCCCCUUCAUCCUGCUCUACGGCAUGUCACUCUGCAGCGUCCAGUACAUCUGGGCAAUGGACCUGGAGCCCGAACUGCCUGACCGAGUCGGAUUCAUGAGCCUGAAACAGCUGGGCCUCGAGCGCAGCCCCCAGCCCUGCCUCAGACUGGGAGCAAUGCUCCUGUAUACCCUGACCUUCUGGCUGCUCUUGCGUCAGUCAGUGAAGGAGAUGUUCACCAGGAAGAAGGCAGCCACAGCUCCACUACUGGAGGUUACCACAAGAGAUACCGAGGCUGGCCGGAACGAGUCCCUGCUGAAGGUGUUGGGCGAGCGGGUCAUGGAUUUUUACGCCAAGUACUGGAUCUACGUGUGCGGGGGCAUGUUCAUUGUGGUCAGCUUUGCUGGCAGGCUGGUCGGAUACAAGAUAGUCUACAUGCUGCUCUUCCUGCUCUGCCUGUGCCUCUAUCAGGUGUACUACACACUGUGGCGGCGGCUUCUCAAGGUCUUCUGGUGGCUGGUAGUGGCUUACACCAUGCUGGUGCUCAUUGCUGUCUACACAUUCCAGUUUGAGGACUUCCCCACUUAUUGGAAAAACUUCACAGGAUUCACCGAACACCAGCUGGCGGAUGUUGGUCUGGAGACCUUUGAGCUGUCUGAUCUCUUCACCAGCAUCCUCAUCCCAGGGUUCUUCCUGCUGGCUUGUAUCCUGCAGCUGCACUACUUCCACCAGCCCUUCAUGAGGAUCACAGACCUGGAGCACACCCCUCAGAAAGACCGCAGACUAAAAAACCGGAAGGAGCCAGGCAGCAAAUCAGAGCUCCUGCAUGAGGGGGAGGGGCUAGAGGACGAGGAGGAGGAGCUAGAGACGGAGCCCGGGGAUGACCAAUUAGAAGAUGAAGCCGUGCCCAGUAAGUGGGGUCUGGUGGUGGACCGGCUGAUGGUCCUGUUCAAGAAGUUCUCCGAGAUCCUGACCCGGGUGCAGGUCUUCAUCUGGAGGGUUCUGGAGCUCCACAUCCUCAAGAUGGUGGCUUUCUUCAUCAUCUGGGUGGCUCUGCAAGAGCUUUCGGUGAUGAACCUGGUGCUUGUGGUGCUCUGGUCCUUCGCCGUGCCCUACUCCCGCUUCCGCCACAUGGCCUCCUGCCUCUCCACCAUCUGGGCUUGCAUCAUCAUUGUCUGCAAGAUGCUUUACCAACUGAGUAUCGUCAACCCCAUUGAGUACUCCAGUAACUGCACAAAGCCCUAUCCUAACGAGACCAAUCUAGAGGAAGACAACAUCCCAUACUCUGUCCUGUACAAGGCGCCGGUGGACCCGGCCAACUGGUUCGGCUUCCGGAAAGACACCCCUAUCCUGGGCUACAUCAAGAACCACCUAUUGGUGCUGAUGUUGCUGGUGUUUGAGGCCACGGUGUACCGGCACCAAGCACACUACUACCGGCAGCAGCAGACUUCCCCCACGGCCACACACACCAUCUUCAGUGAGGUGUCGCGAGAGCACCUGGACCACAGUGUUCUGGACUGUGUCAAGUACUUUGUCAACUACUGGUUCUACAAGUUUGGGCUCGAGAUCUGCUUCCUGUUGACGGUGAAUGUGAUUGGUCAGCGCAUGAAUUUCCUGGUAAUUUUCCAUGGCUGCUGGUUGGUGGUGAUCCUGACAAGCCGUCGCCGGGCUGCCAUCGCUAAAAUCUGGCCCAAAUACUGCCUGUUUCUGGUGCUGUUCCUGCUCUACCAGUACCUGCUGUGCCUGGGCAUUCCCCCAGCACUCUGCAUUGAUUACCCAUGGCGUUGGAACACUACACUCACCAUCAACUCGGCCCUGAUCAAGUGGCUGUACCUGCCAGACUUCUCCACAUUGCCCAAUUCCAGAAACCUUAUCUAUGACUUCCUCCUCCUCUUAUGUGCCUCGCAGCAGUGGAAGGUCUUCGAGGACGAGAAGACAGAAGAAUGGAUCCAACUGGCUGGACACAACACAGACGAGGCCAAUCCCAUGCAGGGCAAGAUGAACCCCGUUCCCAACUUCAUCAACUGCAGGUGUUACCUGGACAUGCUCAAGGUAGUGGUGUUCCGGUACCAGUUCUGGUUCGUGCUGGCGGUGUUGUUUGUGGCUGGCUCCACUCGGAUUAGCAUAUUUGGAUUGGGCUACCUCCUGGCGUGCUUCUACUUCCUGCUGUUUGGUACCCAGCUGAUCCAGAAGCCUGCCAAGUCUAGACUGGCUCUCUGGGAUUGUCUCAUCAUCUAUAACGUGGCCGUCAUCAUCUCCAAAAACAUGCUCUCUCUCCUGGCCUGUGUGUUUGUGGAGCAGAUGCAGAAUCGCUUCUGCUGGCUCAUCCAGCUCUUCAGCCUGGUGUGCACUGUUAAGGGCUAUUAUAACCCGAAGGAGUUGCGGGAUGACAAUAAGGACUGCUUUCUGCCGGUGGAGGAAGCCGGGAUCAUCUGGGACAGCAUCUGCUGCUUCUUCCUCCUGCUGCAGAGGAGGGUCUUCCUCAGUCACUACUUCCUGCAUGUUGUGGCGGACCAGAGGGCCUCUGCACAGCAGGCUUCCAGGGGGUUUAAGCUGUUCAAGGCCAGCAUUGUGAAAAGCAUGAACAUCCACCAGGAGGCAGAGAAGAAGUCCCUUGCACAGCUCAAGAGACAAAUGGAGCGCAUUCGAUCCAAGCAAAAAAAAUACAAAGAGGGGCGUCGCUCUUCGGAGACCAAGGAAGAGGCUGAGUCAAUCGAGCGAGGUGCCAACAGAAAGACAUCCAAGCAGAAAAAGAAGUGGUGGCGGCCCUGGCAAGAUCAUGCCACAGUCUUGCACUCAGGGGAAUAUUACCUCUUUGAGUCGGACAGUGAGGAAGAGGAGGAGCUGCAGGGGGAAGAGCAGAAACCUCCACGGCAAAGCGCUUUCCAGCUAGCAUAUCAGGCAUGGGUGAUGAACGCCAAGUCAGCAUUGAACGACAGACAGCAGCACCAGAGGGUACUGCACAGACAGGAGAAGGAGAAAGCCAGGCAGGGCAGCCCUCGGCUCCCAGUCAUGGGAGAUGAGUGCGAGGCUGACACCACGGACCUGUCUGUGCAAGAUGAGGAGCUAGAAGAGGGAGACUCGGGUAAGAGUGACAUCAUGCAGCGCCUCCUGGAAAUGCUUAAGUUCCUCUGGGUGCUGUUCCUGGCCAUGGUGGACGGCGCCACACAGUGGCUCAAUACCCUGACAAAGCAGUAUGUCAACACCUCUACUGUACUCUGGAUCGAGCGCUACCUGCUGACGCACAAAAUCAGCCAGGAGCAGAAACCUGGCAAAGACAUCUCGGAGGACCAGAGAUUCCUGGACAGUCCGACCGAGGAGACCGCCUCCCAGAGGUUGGGUCUGGAGGAGCUGGACAUGGAGAAAGACACUGAAAACAUCCAAACCAACAGUACGAGUGGCUGUGAGCUGGAGGAGCUUUUGAGUACAGACCAUACCACCCCCUUCACCACAGGGUACAGCACAAGAACCAACAGCUGGGAGCGUAUUCUGGACCUGGACCCCGAGCAGGACCCCGAUGCCACCCAUUCCCGGCUCAGGACCGCCAGCGAGAUACUCACAGAUAGGCACUUCCUGUUUGAGGAGCUGGAGGAGUCUCAGCAGUUCUACUCUUCUCAGAACCGAGCCCUCAAGCUGCUGCUCGCGCUCUACAACCUGCUAGCGAGCAACUCCGAGAUGGUGUGUUACUUCAUCAUUGUGCUGAACAACAUGGUGACUGCCUCCGUCAUCUCGCUGGUCCUGCCCAUCCUCAUCUUCCUGUGGGCCAUGCUGUCCAUCCCGCGGCCCAGCAAGAGGUUCUGGAUGACUGCCAUAGUCUACACCGAGGUGAUGGUGAUUGUGAAGUACUUGUUCCAGUUCGGUUUCUUCCCCUGGAACAGCUACUAUGACACCAAGCUGAAUGAAGGCAAGCCUUUCUUCCUGCCUCGCAUCCUGGGCCUGGAGAAGAUGGAUAACUAUGUCAAAUAUGACCUGAUCCAGCUGCUGGCUCUCUUCUUUCAUCGGUCCCUGCUCCGGAGGUAUGGUCUCUGGGAUCAGGAUGGGCAACUGGCGGAGAAGAAAAAGAAGACAAUGACUGUAGAGACGAGUGAGGAAAUGGAAGGAGGCCCCUUGAAUCCAGACCCCAGCCAGAAUGAUUCAGAAGGGGCCAAACCAGGCCAGGAUCUGGUUCCUCCUGGGUCAGAGGAAGACGAACCAGGCCAGGAUGAAGAAAGGAAACCUGAUCAGAACCAGGAGCCACCUCCCAGCCAGGACACCCCUGUCCCUCCAGUGAAGGGAGACAAAGGAAGCAGCCUACGCUUCCGCAAAAAACGGAAACAGGCCAAAGAGAGUUCCCAGGAGAAGAAGAAAGCCAGAGAGAAAUGCAGUGAGCGGGCAAGCAAGAAGCUGGGAACACUGAGCGAGAAAGUGAAGCUCCUCCUCCUCACUCUAAUCCGGAGUGUUUACAAGCCAGUCCAUGAGUUCUUCCACAAUAUUCUCCACACAGAGUAUCGUGCCGCCACAGACGUCUACGCACUCAUGUUCCUGACUGACGUGGUCGAUUUUGUAAUAGUAAUCUUUGGGUACUGGGCUUUUGGAAAGCACUCAGCAGCUGCAGACAUCACCUCCACUCUGUCGGAAGACCAGGUACCUGAGGCCUUUCUGGUCAUGCUACUUAUCCAGUUCAGCACCAUGGUCAUUGACCGUGCCCUCUACCUGCGUAAGACUGUGCUCGGAAAACUCAUAUUCCAGGUCCUCCUGCUUUUCGGUAUACACUUCUGGAUGUUCUUCAUACUGCCUGCAGUGACCGAGAGGAUGUUCAGUCAGAAUACAGUGGCUCAGCUUUGGUACUUUGUGAAGUGUAUCUACUUCGCUCUGUCAGCCUAUCAGAUCCGCUGUGGCUACCCCACUCGCAUCCUGGGGAACUUCCUCACCAAGACAUACAACCACCUCAACCUGUUCCUUUUCCAAGGAUUCCGUCUGGUGCCGUUCCUGGUGGAGCUGCGGGCAGUCAUGGACUGGGUCUGGACCGACACCACCCUCUCGCUCUCUGACUGGAUGUGUGUGGAAGACAUCUACGCCAACAUCUUCAUCAUUAAGUGCAGCCGUGAGACAGAGAAGAAAUACCCCCAGCCAAGGGGUCAGAAGAAGAAGAAGAUUGUCAAGUACGGAAUGGGCGGGCUUAUUAUAUUCUUCCUCAUCUGCAUCAUCUGGUUCCCACUGCUCUUCAUUUCAUUGGUCAGAUCUGUCGUGGGUGUGGUUAACCACCCAAUUGAUGUCACUGUGACUAUCAAGCUGGGGGGAUAUGAGCCUCUCUUCACCAUGAGUGCACAAACGCAGUCAAUCCAACCCUACACUCAGCAAGACUAUGACAAGCUAACCCAGGAGUUCAAAACCAACCCUGUGGCGAUGCAGUUUAUCACGCUAUACAGCUAUGAGGACAUUGUGACGGCCAACAUAGAGGGCAGCUCCGGGUCUGUGUGGCGCAUCAGCCCUCCGAGUCGGCGGAAGAUGAUGGAGGAGCUUCUGAACAGCUCGGCAGACAUGACGCUACGCUUUACUUGGAAUUACCAGAGGGACUUGGGAAGAGGAGGCACGGUUGAGCACACCUUCGACAGGCACUCUAUUGACCUGAAUCCUAAUGACCCUGUCCGCAAAGAGCUGGCUUCUCUGCUGAUGGGAAACGACACCAAUGCUGUGCGUGUUCAUCAUAUGUUUCCAAAUUACAUCAGGGCACCAAACGGAGCUGAAGCCAAACCUGUCAAACAGCUGUAUCCAGAUGAUGAAGACAGUUACCAGGACGUGACGUUAACAUUAAUCAAGGAUCGCAGUUCAGAGACCAAUGGGCUGCAGGAGUGGUGGGAUAUCCACAUUGCAGACUGUGACCGUGCCAAAGAGGACUGUGAUGUCCUGCCCAUGGUGAUCUUCAGUGACAAGGUCAGCCCCCCCAGCCUGGGCUUCCUUGCUGGAUACGGGAUCAUGGGGCUGUACUUGUCGGUGGUGCUCGUGAUCGGUAAGUUUGUGCGUGGGUUCUUCAGUGAGAUCUCACACUCCAUCAUGUUUGAGGAGCUACCCUGUGUGGACCGCAUCCUGAAGCUGUGCACAGACAUCUUCCUAGUGCGUGAGACUGGGGAGCUAGAACUGGAGGAGGAGAUGUACUCCAAACUCAUCUUCCUGUAUCGCUCGCCCGAGACAAUGAUCAAAUGGACCUGCGACAAGGACUAACCUCGCUGGAGCUGCUCUUCCACUGGAGAGUCUCUUCUCGAACAGGCCAAGCGAUCCCAGUCCUAGUUUCUUUUAAAGUGCUCGACCGGAGAGCUCCGAGGAGAUCCUGACCUGGAGACUUGUAGCCACUUAACAUAACGAGUCAAAAUGAAAAGGCAUAAUGAAAGCAAAUGGUUUAUUUUUCUAUACUGCUCUUUUUUCAUGCCGUGGGGGUCAGGGUGGGGUGGUGGUGGGAGUUUAUAGAAAAGCAUGCUUUUAGUCCACUGCUAUUUUUUUUUGUUUUGUUUGUUUUUAUUAAUUGUUCAAAGCAGUCCAGAUCGUUGGCAAUAGUGUGUCAUAUCUGCCCUGUUCCAGGUGGUCUUACUUAUAUCUCUAUUUUUUUUUUAUACUGGUAGCGAGAUCCUGACGGUAAAUCAUGGAAAACAUUUGUCACUUUCCUCCUUGGCUGAACCAAAGUUUGUUUUCUCUCCCCCCCAUAUGUGUGAAAUUCCCUCGGGGACCUCAAUAAUGUUUUUUUUUUUUUUGAGGAAAGUCAAAUGUGUUUUUGAAGUCAAGGUGGUGUUGAUGCUAUAUGAGGGGUAUAGAAUGUGUAAAGGGAAAGUGAAAAAAUGAGAAGGACUUUGAGUAGUGACAAUGUGCUUGGCCUCUGUUCUUGUCUAAACCCACCACUAUUUUAACAACAAUGAAUGAGUAUUGCAGUGGAAUGGAACUGAAACUGUUCCCUUUGAAGGCAAGAGAAAGGAUAAUGUAGUUGGGUGCUACGUGUGGAAUCAGAUCUCAUUGAUUUAGACACAAAAAACUGUUUUUAAAAUAGGUCAUAGAUUGACUUUGUAUGCAAACACUAGCACUGUUCAUUUUUUCUGUCCAUGGAAAUUUGCAAUACUAGAGCAGAUUUUUUAAAGGACUUUUUAAAGUUUUUCUGCAGCCCUGCUACCAAAACUAUUUAAACAUUUCUUGUUCAUGUCACAAGGUCUGACGGUGUUUGUUUAUAUAACACAUUUUGGAACUGUGCAAUUCUGUUAAAAAAAAAAAAUCUAAAAUAAAAAAUAACUCAAACGUAAAGGAAAAUAAAAACAUCUAAAACCACAAUUCACAUUCAGUCUUUUAUUAAAGAACCCUAUUUAAACAAAAAAAAAAAAAAAAAAAAAAAAAAAAAAAAAAAAAAAAAAAAGCUUAAAUAGAAUGUUACUGAUUAGAAGUUCUGGUGGCUAAAAGCAGCUGGAAGCAGCAGUGAGGCAGGGGCUGCUGGAGUGGGGGUCUCCUUCAGCCCUGGAACAGGGGGGUCUCCAUCAACUCUGGAGCUGGAGCCACUCCGCAGUCGGAGCACGGACAACUCUAGCUGGAAUCAAUAAAAUCCUUUAUCCAGGAUGGACGUAAUGGAAUAUGUGUAAACAUACCCACUCAUUGGUGGAGGAUUGAGAUAAACAUGCUGGAAGAGUUGUAACACUAGAAAGCAAUACUUUCACUGAGUAAAUGUUAAAAAAAAAAAAAAAAAAAAAAGCACGGCUCCACUAAAGUGGUGCAGAAACUCGAGAUUUGAUAUGUUUUAAUAUAAUAUUUGAUGAAUGUCAUUGUUGUCACUGACUCGAAAUGGUUUAGCUUUUACCUCAUCAAAUUUAUAUAUAUAAUAAAAUAUGUUAUGUUUAAA